AUGGAUGACUCUGACGAACCAUAUAUCGCCUACGACGCGCUAUGGGUGAAAUUAGACGAUGUCGUCGGGCUUCUCACAGCCUCCAUGAAGGCCUCAGCGCGUCGGAGGAACUGCGCCAGAGUUCUCUGCGCCUGCCUCCACAUGCUGGACGGGAUGAGUGCCACUCAGUCCUAUGCAUUCGACAAGCCUUACGACAGGCCAACCGCCGGCAAAGAGCUCUACGAGAUCCUCCGCAAGAUGUUUCCCGAGUACCUGAGUGCGUGCGCCGCUUUCCUGAGCCUGCCUCGCUCAGACAAGGAGGCCGAGGACAUCGAUGCGUCUGUCAGCGUGUGCGCGUGCUUCAGAACGCCACCGAAGGGGAAGACGAGGCUCCUGCUCGGAAAGCUGCACAAGUUCGGGGCCGCACGCCAGUUCACCUUCCAAGACUUCAUCCAGGCACUCAUUCGCCACGUCGCCGGUGUCCUCGGUAAUGCGGUCGCUUCGAAAACCGUCGGCGGCACUGCUGCGAUGGGCGGCCUCAGGAAACACUCCAGGAAGCAUGCCGAAAGCCCCCCAUGGCCGACGGAUGCCAGCCAGCUGAUUCCCCACGGGCUCGAGAGAUCGAUGCAGGGAUACGCCGCUUCCUUCCGCAGGUACCGCAGUGACAGAUUCCACGAGCCCCUUCUCUUCCUCAACAAACUCCUCGCUAUCUGCGGUAGAUCCGUCCUGCCUCCCCUGCUCCGGUUCCAACCCAGCUGGCCCUUCGGAAUCACCGGCCUCGCCAGCGGUCUUUGUGAAGCGCGCAGAGAGACACUCGGGAAGCCCGUGGACAUCGAGACGGAGAUAAGCUGGCUCGAAACGCUGGAACAGAUUCUAGAAUUCUAUCGCGUCAUCACACACGUUGGAGUGCGAGAUUCAGCGGACGUUGUGCUACUCGUGCGCCUGCGCUUACAGGUAAAAUCUGAAGGGUCAGACGAAGUCAGAGACUGGCACUGCGGCCUGCUCUUCAUAUGCAAUCUAAUCCUUCGAUCUCUGCCACUCUUUCGUGAUGGUACGACUUGGUUCAGCGACGAGCACAUCAGCCGGCUGGAGCGCAGCUUCACCGGGUUUGGCGCGGUGUUAUAUCAGUACAAGUCACCCGAGGACAACACGGCCUUCCACCCGGCAAUCCUCCAAUCGUUCGCAGAGGCGACUGCCUUGUCCGCAGACCCUUUGCAACAAGCCUUGGAAGGAUUCUAUCUGGCUACCAUGGCGCGACACUGUUGUGCGCCGGAGUGCCGCGAGACGUUCGCCACCGCUAAGCGGACGUUUUCCCGAUGUGCAGGCUGCGGGGUCCUGCGCUACUGCUCGCGCGAGUGCCAGAGGAGUGCCUGGAAGCACGCGACGUUCCCGCACAAGAACGUUUGCACCAAGUUGCGUGUCUUGAGGGAGAGGACGAACCUCCCGAAGGACCCGGAUCACUGGAAUACUGCUCGUAUUCGUCAGCCCUUUAUCGAUGCAUGUAGAGCGGAUGAGGGACUCGCAGCGUUAGCUCAGGAGUGCGGCGAACACAUGCACGCUUUGUUUGUCAUGCGGCGGAGCAUCAGUACGGCUUGCAUCCCAGGGCCGUAUAGAAUCAUGAUGUCGACCGAGGCGGAUGGAACUGAUCGGGCUACUCCGCUGGUAGAAUGA